AUGACACCCCCGAACAACCUUCCAACUCGCAAGCUGGGUAGAGAUGGGCCUGCGGUCCCUUCCAUUGGGCUGGGUCUCAUGAGCCUCAGCGCUGCCUACGGCGCAGUCGGGUCCGACGAAGAGCGUUUCAAGCUACUGGACAGAGCAUGGGAGAUAGGCUGCACAAACUGGGAUACUAGCGAUCAAUACGGGGACAGCGAAGACCUUCUGGGGAAGUGGUUCAAGUUGCACCCAGAGCGCCGGGCCGACAUCUUUCUAGCCUCGAAGUUUGGACUGAAAGUCCGGCGUAAGCCAAAUGACUCGGGUUACGACAUCGGAGUCGAUAACUCGCCAGAGUAUGCUCGGGUGGCCAUAGAAAGAAGUCUCAAACGCCUUGGAGUUGACUAUCUGGACCUCUACUAUGUUCAUCGACUUGACUCCUCUGUUCCUGUCGAGAAGACCAUCGAGGUUCUGGCCGAGUUUAAGAGAGACGGAAGAAUCAAGGCCAUCGGGCUCUCAGGCUGCACCUCUAGGUCUCUGCGGCGUGCAUACAAGGUGACGCCCAUUGAUGCUGUCCAGAUGGAGUAUAGCCCAUGGGUACUCGACAUCGAGAACGACGUCGGUACUAAUAUGCUGUCCGCAUGCCAAGAAUUGGGCGUCACUGUCUUUGCUUACUCACCCCUCGGGCGAGGGUUCCUGACAGGAAAAUACCGCACAACAUCUGACUUUGGCCCAGGCGAUUCUCGGAAUCUACUGCCACGCUUCCAAGAAGAGAAUAUGGCACAUAAUCUACCACUUGUUGACCGUUUCCACGCUAUUGCGGGGCGGAAAGGCUGCACCCCAGGUCAGGUGGCUCUGGCCUGGCUGUUGGCGCAGAGCGAGAAUAUCAUUCCUAUUCCAGGCACCAAGAAGAUUUCGAACUUGGAAGAGAAUGUUGCCGCUCUCAACAUUGACUUAUCAACUGCGGAAGUCAGAGAGUUGCGAGAUGCAAUCAAUGCAUGUAAUAUUGUGGGCGAGCGUGGGUUGCCAGGGCCUUUGCUCGAGCAGAAGGCUCUUUUGAAAUCGAUUACGUAUGUUCUGCUAAGCGAGACCUGGCUGAUCGGCAGCUUGGUAGAUGAAGGCGCAGCUGAACAACAAGGAACAGGAUGGCCACAACAAUGUUAUGUCGGCAUGGCCCCCACGACAGGUGCGCCGGUGAGCGGCGGACUAUCUCAGGAGACCGAAGUGUUCUCAGGAGUUCUAUGCAGAUCAUGGAGCGUCCUCAAAGCACAGCGACCCAACGCUAAUGCAUGGGUUGAGUCUGAAGCCACCUCAGGACGAUACGGAGAUAAGCCUUGCCAAUCAAUGCGAGGUGGUGUCAAACAUGUGGUUUCAUGUAUAGAAGGUCAUGACAAUGGAAGCCAAGACGGACGCGAUUGA